AUGUUAUCCAAUUGUAUGACAAGUGCGAAAGUUAUAUCCAUGUCCUACAUAAGUUCGAGAGUUUCUGAAGUUGGUCUCGCUGCGUUCUUUUACAAAACUGCAUUCGGCCAGAACCGGUGCGGCGUCUCCUAUAGUUUUGCUCAACCGUGUUUAAUCGUCGGUUUCAAGAAGAUGAGUUGGUCGGUCAGAAGCAGCGUAAACGACAGCAGUUUUAGUCCGUCGAACGGAACUAACGGAAGGACGCGUAUAAUCAGAGUGAUUCAAGAGUUUCGAACUAAAUUAAGUUCUAAAAUUGACAAGGUAAAGAAAAAUCUUCCCGUGAAGCUUCUUUUCUUCUUGGUUGGAUUUUAUUGCGCGACCGCGUUUUCCACGGUUAUUGGACAAACGGGGGAUUGGGAUAUUCUAUCGGCGGGCUUAGCUGUUGUUGUUGUGGAAGGGAUUGGUGCUCUCAUGUAUAGUUCUUCUCUUCCUUUAGUUAUCAAAAGGUUAAUCUCAGUGUUUAAUUAUUGGAAAGCUGGUCUUACCUUGGGACUUUUUUUGGAUUCGUUCAAAUAUUAA